AUGUCUCAACCUACGUUGAACUUGAGCUUCAGCGGAAUCAAUUUUGUCGGGAUGAAUCGUAGUUCUAGAUUAUCUUACACAAGUCUUAAAGCAGCUUCCGGGGAUAAUAGUAUUAAUGAAGAAGAGAGAUUAUCAGCACGAAGCGCGCCAUUCGGCGGAGGAAGCUCGAGAGGAAGCUUAACGAUGGAUCAAGGUACCUCGAGAUUGUCUCAACCGGACGUAACAAGGUUUAUCUUACGUCAGGAUGUACCAGGGAAACGAGAUCGCCUUUCUCAAUCCACUUUAGUUAUUGGUGAUUACCACCCUGGUCGUGGUCAACAGAGAUUAUCUCAACCUUGCCUAAGUACAGGGAAAGAUCUCAACUUACCCACGAUGGUUUUCCAUUCUCCCUCUCCACCGCCUACCAAGCAUAAAAGAUUUUCUCCUGCCAUACACGCUAGCCAGAGGGAUCGUCUGUCGCAGUUGGAUAUUGGUGCUAAAUAUAGGAACUUCAAGGAAUCGGCUGUGACGAAAUUUAAUCGAGAUAGAUUCUCAAUACCGGAACUAGAGACGCAAAACGAUCUUAGGUUAAUAGCAGGCACGCCAAAGCAAAGAUUUAGCUUGGACAGUCAACUGACACGUAAUCAAGAUGUGACUCGGUCCAGACUAUUACCGAUAGCUAGUUCACCUAUCAGUGAACACCAGCAACCUAAAAUCGACGAACAAGUAGGAAUUCCUGGAGGUAAACUUAAAAGCCCCGCUAGAGAAGGCCUUGGAAGUGUACUCGUGGCAAGCACAACUCCGAUCCUACCACCAAGCGAAAGACAAUUAUUAUCAGCCGAAUUAAAUAAAAUAACUUCGACACCACCAGCUACAACACAACAGAAGAGUCAGACAACGCUUAGGACAAGCAAACUUCACAGAUCAGUCUCACCGAUUCCUAACAGGGAAAGGAUGUCGGUGCCCGAAAUAAGGAAUUCGAGUUUGCGUCGAUUGCUUGAUCCACCAACAAGGCAAAGACAUAGUAUUACAGGCAGUCUGAGGCAGAGUAUAAUUUCUCCGAUCAAACCUCUCGACUUUGGCAGAAAGUCACCGAAACAUUUAUUCGAGGAGGCUCUGGAAAGAUUUCGGAAGGAUGAGAAAGAAGAAAAUCGGAAGAACGAAAUUUCAAAUUCGGAAGCUCUUAUCGAUAUUGUUGAUGAACCUAAACAUAUUCAGAAACAUUACUCGUACACGUACGAAACAGAUGACAAUUCCUCGAUACUUGGAAAGAUAAGCAUGUCCGCGAUACCGAAGAAGAAGUAUUUAGAAAGUAAUUUUGAUGAAAACGAACAGGUAAUCACUACGGUGAUAGAAACAGACGUACCAAUGAUUAUAGCCAACCCAAAGUACGUGAAGAAAUCGUCUUACUCGAGCGAGACCCCGAAGUGGAUUAAAAAGUAUUUAGAAAGCGAAAGUCCAAAAGUAGGAAGAAAGACGACGAGCAACAAAGAAAAAUCUAAUAGAAGAAAUAGUCGAAGGAAAAGCUCUUUGGAAUCGGUGGAAGGCGAGAAAAUUACAGAUAAAGUUCGUUCGAAGUCGGUGAGUAGCGGUGAAAGGAGUCCAAUGCUGAAGAACACCGGCAUACAGUCCGAAUUGAAGAACAUGAAGAACACGUACGUGAGAAUUCUCCCCUCGAAUAAAAUUCAAGAGAACAGGUAUGAGGUAAAGGUAGAUAACAACUGGAUCGAUGGAAAUAUUCAGGGACUGUAUGGCGAUGAAUGCGACGAUACGGAUUCCGAUGAUUCCACGUCCAUUUAAAUUGAACUAACGAUACUAAUCAUAACGAUAGAAUAAAUAAAACAAGAAAAUUUUAUCCAACUAAUCUAUGACAUUUAUAAAUUGAUGCAGUGAGAGAUUAACAAAAAUUUCGUAUUCUGUACUUAAACCAUUCAAACGGUAUCAAUUUUAUGAAAAUUAAUAUUUUCAGUAGUUACCAAUCAAAGACCAUUUUAAUAGGUAACAGUUUGAUUAGCCUAAAGCACACUUUGAGAACGAAAUAACGAAAACUGACAUGCCGAUCUCAAAUAUUUUCUCAUAUUGUUAUUUACACCAUGAACUAAUAAUUGUGACCGAUAGAAGUCAACUAGAAAAAAAUUUAUAUUUAUGAAGACAACUUUUGGAUCUCUAUGUAUUAUUUUCAUUUGAAUCAGAGUGUUGUUUCUAUCCGAAUAAAAUUAAGAUAACUUGUAAAUACUUGAAUUAUAUUCAGUCAUGCUUACUACAAAAUGCAUAGCUAACAAAUUUUAGAGGAAUUCCAAACACCGGUUUCUAUUUUAUUUUCGUUAUUCAUAAUUCGUGUCUAAAAUAUAAAAGUUUUUAACGCUUACUGCUGUGAAUGAAAAGUCAAUGAAGAUAUAUUCUAGCUACUGUUAGCACGUCAAAUACAUAAACAGUAUAAAAUGUACAUUUUCUCGUCAAUAUACCACCGAUAUUAAAUUCCCACGAUUUUACAGUAUGAGUGUUGGAAAAUUUAUAUUUUCUUUUUUUUCUAUACUAGUCAGCAAUGAGAUUCACGUGUGAAUGCCAUCUCAAAUUCCUAUUAAAUUUCAACCUUAUAAAAAUAAUCCAAAUGGCUCGUUCUUCGCAUGAACGUUACAUUAUAUAUUGAUAUGUACUGCAAUGUUAUGAUAUUAUAACGGUAAAACGUAAUCGAUGUAAUGUUAUAAUAUCGUAAACUCGGAAUGAAUGUAAUAUUGCGGUCAUGAAUGUGAAAGUUAGUUACUGUUUAUCGUAAACAUAAAAUGUUAGUUCUUUAUGUAUGUCAUUUAGUAUAUAAUUAAAAAUGUUAUACCAAAGAUGUAACCAAAGUGAAAAGUAUAUAAAAUGUAUUUAAUUUUUAACAAA